UGUGACUGACAUGUACUCACACUUCCUGCUGGUUCAGACAAAGAAAAAGCACAAGUACCAUGAGGGGCAAGAGGUGAGUUGGCAAGAGCUCACCAGAGCUGACAGGGAAGUUCUUCUGAAGCUGGGGAGGCUAGCAUUUGAACAUCUGCAGAGAGGAAACAUCAUGUUCUACCAAGAAGACUUGGAGCAGUGUGGUCUGGAUGUCACAGAGGCCUCUGUGUACUCAGGAGUUUGUACAGAGAUCUUCAAAAAAGAGUCUGUGAUCUUCCAGAAACCAGUUUACUGCUUUGUUCAUCUGAGCAUUCAGGAGUUUCUGGCUGCAGUCUACAUGUUCCACUGUUACACCAACAGGAAGACAGAGGUGCUGCAGGACUUCCUGAGUACGGACAUUUCAUCUCUUGAAGAUUUUCUGAUCAGAGCCAUGGAGAAAUCAUUCCAAAGUGUUAACGGCCACCUGGAACUGUUUGUUCGAUUCCUUCAUGGCCUCUCUCUGAACUCCAACCACAGACUCUUAGGAGGUCUGCUGGGUCAGACAGAGUACAAUCCACAAACCAUCCAGAGAGUCAUUAACAAUCUGAAGGUGAUUAGCAGUGAGGGCAAGUGUACUGACAGAUGCCUAAACAUUUUCCACUGUCUGAUGGAGAUGAAGGACCUCUCAGUACACCAGGAGAUGCAAGAGUUCCUACAGUCAGAGAACAAAUCAGAGAAGCAGCUCUCUGGAAUUCAGUGCACAGCUCUGGCAUAUUUGCUGCAGAUGUCAGAAGUUUUUGAUGAGUUGGAUCUGGUGAAGUACAACACAACACUGGAAGGACGACAGAGACUGCUACCAGCUGUGAAGAACUGCAGAAAGGCUCGACUUCAUGAUGUCCGGCUCUCAGAGGCUUACUGUUACACUGUGACCUCAGCUCUGACGUCUAACCCCUCCCACCUGAGAGAGCUGCACCUGAGUUCAAUCAACCUGGAGGAUUCAGCAGAGACAGUGUUUGCUAGUCUGGGGAAUCCAAACUGUAGACUGGAGACACUCAGAUUUGAGAAUUGCAGUUUGUCAGAUAUCAGCUGCGCUGCUCUGAUCAGUGCUCUGAGGUCCAACCCCCCCUAUCUGAAACAUGUGGAUCUGGUACAAAACCUACAGGAUUCAGGAAUGAAACAGCUGUGUGAUUACCUGGAGAGCCCACACUGUAGACUGGAGACUUUAAGGUUGACUGCUUUGCUUUAGAUGCUGUACUGUGUCUUUUGAACAGAUUGAUACACGCAGCGAUGCCUGCAGAGUGAUCCUUGAAGUCAAGGACUGACUCUGCCCAGACUUCCCAAAUGUGUCGCAGACCGUGCAAAGACAGACAAAGACAGCAUGGCCUUAACCAACUGCCUUUACAUGCUGGAUGAAUCUUAUCACUCCCGUGGGUGUGUCAGUAUUGGCAUAAUCACAUUCCUAGGCGCUGAGACAUUCAGUUCAUUUACCUAAAUAGCAUUUUGACCCAGUAUCUUAAAUAUUCUUCAGUUCUGAUUUGUUUGUGAAAUAGGUUUUUAACUGCAUUCAUUUCACACCCAGAGAUCCACUGAGGAUAGACCAAAGUGAGAAUGCUCUACACUCAUAACACAGAGAUGCCCAUGACAAAGCAAAUGACCAAAGGACUUUCCUCUAAUCUUACAAGAGUCACUAAGCUCUGAAAUAAGUGGUGGAAUAUAUUUCCACCACUAAAAAAGUAGAGGCACAAAAUAAGUGUCUCUAUCUGCUUUCCUGAGUUGAAUGAUACCUUUGAAGUACUAUGGCUGCUCUCUAGCUGGUCUUGGAGCUAAAAGUAAUAAAGCAGGUCCUGAUUUAUUACUUUGCUAUGAAAAAUUGUAGUAAUUUCAUUGUCGCAUGUUAUCUUGCUUGUGGUGUUGCAUUAGAGCUCCAGCAGUAUGUGUGUGUGUGUUUUUAAGUGCUGUGUUAUAUUACAGUUGAAACACGUGUGUGUAACAUGUUUACUGUAUUAAAUGGAAAUCCAGUUUUGUAACUGUGUUCUGUUGAGAAAUUACAGGUACUUAGUUAAAAAUGUAUGGUGCAGUAAAAAAUAAAGUGUUCACACCACUUAGUUUGUUCCACAUUUUGCCAUGUUAGUCUUAUUGUUAGCAUGGUGUAAAAUGUAUACACAAACAUUUUCUGUAAAAUUAACAUGAAAUAACUGUGAAGAGAUCACAUGAAUAAAAACACAUAAUAGCAUAAAAUAAAAUAAAAGCCAUGUUUAUUUAACAUAAAAAAAUGUGUGGUAAUAUCACAGAAAACUAAAGCUGAUAAAAUAUAACUUUGUGUGUAACCAAUG